UCGGCUCCGCGAGUCCCGCGCGCGCUGGAGAUGGCGGCCACGGUGGGAAGGUUUCUCCGGGCUUCGGUGAGUGGCUGCAGACAGGGGACAGGCGCGGAGACACUGCAGUGGCACCGAGAACGUACUUCUCGGGCAGGAUCCUGCUCCCUGGUCUGGGGGCUUUUCGGCCUUCUUGGAGGGCACCAGCGGGUUGCCCGACAUGUGAGUGCUAUUCCUUGGGGCAUUUCUGCCUCUGAAGCCCUUCCACCUGCUGCUUCCCGAAGAACAUGCUUGACAAAUGUAUUGUGGUCUGGUUCUGCCCAAGCAAAAUUCGCUUUUAGCACCAGUUCCACACACCAUGCUCCUGCCGUCACCCAACACGCGCCCUAUUUUAAGGGCACCGCCGUUGUCAAUGGAGAGUUCAAAGACCUAAGCCUUGAUGACUUUAAGGGGAAAUAUUUGGUGCUUUUCUUCUACCCUUUGGACUUCACCUUUGUGUGUCCUACAGAAAUUGUUGCUUUUAGUGACAAAGCCAAGGAGUUUCACGAUGUGAACUGUGAAGUUGUUGCGGUUUCGGUGGAUUCGCACUUCACCCAUCUCGCCUGGAUAAACACACCGAGGAAGAAUGGUGGUUUGGGCCACAUGAACAUCGCACUCUUGUCAGAUUUGACUAAACAGAUUUCCCGAGACUACGCCGUGCUGCUGGAAGGCCCUGGUGUUGCUCUGAGAGGUCUCUUCAUAAUUGACCCCAAUGGAAUCAUCAGGCAUUUGAGUGUCAAUGAUCUCCCCGUGGGCCGAAGCGUGGAAGAGACCCUCCGCUUGGUGAAGGCGUUCCAAUUUGUGGAAACCCAUGGAGAAGUCUGCCCAGCAAACUGGACCCCGGAUUCUCCUACAAUCAAGCCACAUCCAACUGCUUCCAGAAAAUACUUCGAGAAGGUAAACCAGUAGAUCAUCCACCCCGUGUACCUGCAGCUCCUCCCAUCAGAAAAGAAUCACAGUUGGAACUCAUCUAUUAGCAUUUCAAAGAUGAUUAUUUAUAGAAGAGAAAAAACCAAUUAUGUUUGUAUUCAUAAAUAAUACUCAGUGUUUUCCUUUUGUAACAUUGGCUAAGGCUUUUACAUGUACUCACACAGAGCGUCCUUUAUUGGUAACCUGUUGGUAGCUAGCUAGUUUAUAGAAUUUGCUAGUUCACCUAUUCCUUGGAUUGUGUCUUCAAUGGGAAGAGUAAAUCCUCUUCUCUCUCAGCCUUACUUGAACCUCUGUGUGCAGUGGAGAAGUCUAACAAGCUCCGAAAGUUUCUGAUCAAGGGUCCUGAAAUUUUCUUCUUGGAUUUCUUUGUACUAAACUGAAUUCUCUUUUCAAGUAACAAAGAUCAUAGUUUGAAGGUGUUAACAUCAACAGACUGCUUUAAUUCUUGCAGUGGAUGUAUGUGUACUUGAAACAAAUCUCAAUGUUUUUUAAAAAAAAACACGGUGACAAACGACUUAAGUGAUCAUGCAUGUUUCUCAUCUCUGAGAUUAAAAGUUACUUUAUUUGUUAGCUGACAUAGUGUCCACAAAUAUUCUAGACAUUGAUUGUCCGUAACUAUAAAGGGUGUUUGUUGAAUCCAGGAAUUGCAUUUGAAAUCAUUAUAAUCCUUUUCUGAAGUGCUCAAUGUAAAGUACAUAAUAAACAUAUUUAAAAAUA